AUGGCCUCAGACACCGUUCACCACAACGGCAAUGGUGCCGCUUCCCUCAAUGGGGACCCCGAGACCGCAAAAGUGCCCAGCAACGAAAUCGACCCCAUAUUCCAUGCAGUCAGCUUGGCCAGGGGAAUUUUCAAUGUUGGAUACAUCAACCAAGAAUGGUCGGACAUUCAGCUCAUGUUCUUUGCGAGCGGGCUGAAGGCUCACCGACUCAUUCUUGCGAGAAGCCCCUACUUGGCUCACUUGAUGGCGGCCAGCGCCCCCGGAUCUACUAUCGAGCUCUCAUUUGCCGAUGUCAAUAUUACUCAGGAAGCUGUGCACAUAUCUCUUCAGCACCUCUACAAUCCCUCUCUUAGCCUUGUUCAGCCCGGAAACUCUCGUGCGGUCCUUUCCACUGCCUUUUUGUUCGGUGGCAUGCCCGAGCUUGUCCACCACGCGUAUCUCAUCAUCCGCGAUUCGAUCGAUGCCAGCAAUGCCGUAGACCUCGUGCGCUGGCUCGAAGUCCCGCCUGAUUCAGCAAUGUUCGGCCAGCAGCAGCACCCCAAAGCUGCUAAUGGGGUGCAGAACUCGGAGGGAGGGAUAUCGGCGUGGUUGGACAACCCUUAUCCCCGGUACGGAGAGUGGACAAUCCGAUUGAAGCAUGAUGUGCUCAAUUACCUCCUCAAUGACCUCCCUUUACGCGUCGUUCAAGAGGACAAGCUCGCCACCCCAGACAACGCCCUUGUGACCACCUACUCCCUCCUCCCCUAUGAACUCUUUAAAUCCCUCGUGGAAUCUUCCGAUCUCCCUAUAACUUCCCCACAAGACCGGUUCUCCUUUGCCAAGAGAGUCCUUGCUCAAAGGAAAAAGUCUGUCGUCUCUGGGACGCCGCAGAUGGAGGAGAAUGUGGUGCUUGCUUUCAGAGGGGGUGACGGUAUGGAAGUGCACGUUACGAGGAGGCCAAAGAAGGGGAGGGCUUUUUACAAGGUCGAAGGAUAG